AGGGGGAGAGGAGGCAACGUCAUGUCAUCUCGCGACUUAUUUCGGAUCUCGGGCACGUUCAGAGGUUAUCUCGUACAAACUAAAUUGACGUUUAUGCAAAACGUAUGGAAUUUUUGCUGAUUUUGACAGACGCGCGUGAAAAAUUUCGGUAGUAUGACAGCCAGGACGCUCUUACAUCUGGGCGAUAUGUCAAACAGAUGUUUCUUUGCCACUGUGCAAUACUGCAGACCCAAAUUGCAAACGCCACAAUAUAGGCAGAUAAGAAGCCUGAGGAGGUCACAAAAUUCCUUCAAACAAUCAGAGUUUCCUUUUCCAAAUGCUCAUAUCGAAUCUGGAACUAUACAACCUGCGAGACUAUGGAAGCACCUUGGUUUCACCAUCAUGUUUAGCAGCGCCUCUAUAGUUGGUGCUGCAAUUUGGGAAUAUGAGCGUAUCAGAAGCCAGACGUACAAAAUAAUUCAUCGUUACAGACAGUUUCGAAUUAAUCGAACAGGAUGGAGGGGCGAAAUGGAGACGUGGUGGAGAAACUUAACCGAAGGACAGAAAAUGUUUGUGCCUAUAUGUUUUGUAAAUACAAUCAUAUUCUUAGCUUGGCGAGUGCCAGCAAUGCAAAAGUUGAUGGUACGCUACUUUUGCGCCAAUCCUGCCUCCAGUGCCACAUACUGGCCUAUGGUGCUAUCCACUUUCUCACAUUAUUCCAUAUUCCACCUGGCUGCAAAUAUGUAUGUGUUGCACAGCUUCAGCACGAUAGCUGUGUCAUCAUUGGGGAAGGAGCAGUUUCUAGCUUUAUAUUUGUCGAGUGGAGUGAUAGCUAGUUUCGCUAGUCACGCGUACAAAACUAUGUUCGGCCUGCCAGGUCUUUCUUUAGGAGCGUCAGGAGCAAUUAUGGGUGUUCUUGGAUUUAUCUGUACACAAUAUCCUGACAUAAAACUCAGUAUCAUUUUUCUUCCUAUGUUCACGUUUACAGCUGGUAUGGCAAUCAAAGGAAUAAUGACUAUGGAUGUUAUCGGUUGCACCUUAGGAUGGAAAUAUUUUGAUCAUGCCGCACAUUUAGGUGGUGCACUAUUUGGAAUAUUCUGGCAAGUCUGGGGUAAUGCUAACAUCUGGCAGAAGCGAGAACCACUUUUGACCCUUUGGCAUGGAUUUCGAGAACCUCGAAAAUCACAAUGAUAUUUUCCCUACUCUAGAUUUUUAUUUAUAAUAUAAUAUAUUCUAUAUACAGAAAUUGUAAAAUUUUCAUUAUCUCGCAACAACAAAUUUGCCGAAACCUUUA